ACUACCAUCUUGUUUUUGUUUUUCUCUCCCACCUGUAACUUUCAUCUUCGUAAUGGGAUCAUUCUCCACUUUAUGGAAAGUGAAAAAAAAUAAAAAUUUGGUGAGUUGGUGGAUAAAGGAGGUAUUUUUUUAGCAUUGGGGUAGAGGCUUUAAGAGUUCUGGCCUCCUUUAGACCCGCUCAUUAAUUGUGUCAAUUGUUUUUCCUUCUCUGGAGUCCAUUUUUUGGGCAUCGCGGGCCCUCUCUGUUUACCGGCUAAUCACUUCUCUUAUCUGUCUUCCUUUCUCUCUCAUCUCUUCAUUUCGUCUUCAGAAUAGAUUCUUCGUUGAGUUCUCAAGGGUUGUUGGUGAGUUGUUGGAUAAUGGAGGUGGGUUUUUGAGCUUUCAGGAAGCUUCAGAUCUGUUGCUUUAAGAGAUGAUGAAGAAAGCGUUAAUAUGUAAACCCACUGUUUCUUGAACAGAAACUCUGUCUUCGUCUUAGAAACUCCGCAUACCCAAUUUCCUUUUCUCUUUCUCUCUGUCUCUGCCAGUCUUCUAUCUCUCCCACUCUGCAAAUUUUGAGGGUUUUCUUGCUUUACUUUCUUCUGUGUUUCUUGGGGGUGAAUCAAUUUCUUGGAGUGGAAUUGUCUGUUUGAGGGGUUUGGAGAAAUGUUACCGGGUUUCAUGUCUCCUACAGCCAGAGGAGGAGUAGGCACAAGAAACAACUGCAAUGUUUUGCUUAGAGAGCUUCAGCAAAUUUGGAAUGAAAUGGGCGAGAGUGAAGCUGAUAAAGAUUGGAUGCUGUCGGAGAUUGAAAGAGAGUGUUUGGAAGUAUAUCAGAGAAAGUUAGACGAAGCUGCUAAUGCUAAGGCAAAUCUUCACCAGUCUGUUGUUGCAAAGGAGGCAGAGUUUGCAACACUGAUGGCUUCUCUUGGAGAACUUAAUCUUCAUUCACCGAUCCAGAAGGAGAAAAGAGCAAUAACAUUAAGGGAGCAUCUCUCAUCCCUUCACCCAUUAGUGGAAGAGUUGAAACUGAAAAAGGAGGAAAGGGUUAAGGAAUUUGCAGAUCUAAAGGUACAGAUUGAUAAGAUCACUGCAGAGAUUUCAGGAUACGGCCAUCAUAACGGUUCUCUAUAUUCCUUAAAUCUUGAAGAACAAGAUUUAUCUCUUAGAAAGCUUAAUGAUUACCAAACACACUUGCGAGGUCUUCAAAGACAGAAGUCUGACCGGCUCCAAAAGAUCUUGGGAUUUGUGAAUGAGGUGCAUUCCUUAUGUGGUGUGCUUGGACUAGAUUUUGUAAGGACAAUAGGUGAUGUACAUCCUAGUUUGCAUGGGACCAGCGUUGAGCAGUCCACCAACAUCAGUGACAGCACAGUAGAAGGUCUAGAAAAGACUAUCACCAGACUCAAAUUAGAGAGAAAAAACAGAUACCAAAAGCUGAAAGAUAUUGUUUCAACACUAUCUGAAUUAUGGAAUCUGAUGGGAUCGACGAAAGAAGAGAAACAAAAACUUUCUGGAAUCGUUUCCAUAUUUAGAGCUUCGGGAACAGAAAUCUUGAAAUCUGGAGCCCUUUCAACCGAAAAUAUCGAACAGGCUUUGGAAGAGGUUGAGAGGCUAACUAACUUGAAAGCAAGCAGAAUGAAGGAACUGGUAAUGAAAAAGAGAUCGGAGUUGGAAGAUUUAUGCCGUAAAAUCCAUGUUUUACCCGAUCCAAACACCGCUCCUGAGAAAUCUAGUGCAUUGAUAGACUCUGGUCUUGUCGAUCCGUGUGAACUUAUGGCGAAUAUUGAAGCUCAGAUCAUUAGAAUAAAGGAUGAAGCACUUAGCCGUAAAGAGAUUAUGGAUAAGAUCGAAAGAUGGCUUUCUGUCUGCGACGAGGAAAACUGGCUUGAAGAAUAUAAUCAAGAUGACAAUCGGUACAAUGCUGUAAGAGGUGCUCACACGAACCUCAAACGGGCGGAACGUGCACGAAUUACUGUUACCAAGAUUCCAGUGAUGGUUGAUAGUUUGAUUAGCAAGACACUAGCUUGGGAGGAUGAGCACAAGAAAUUAUUUCAUUAUGAUGGGGUUCGAUUGGUCUCAAUACUAGAGGAUUACAAGUUAGCCAGACAACAAAAAGAACACGAGAAGAAACGACAAAGGGACCAGAAGAAGCUGCAGGAUUUGCUAAUGACUGAGAAGGAAGCCUUGUAUGGGUCUAAACCUAGUCCGAGAAGAAGCAGUAGCUUUAGAAAGACAAAUGGAUACCGUCCGAACGGGAAUGGAUCGAUGACUCCCACCCCUAGAAGAAACUCUUUGGGCGGUGCAACCCCGGAGCUUCUUACACCACGCUCUUAUUCGGGUCGCCAAAAUGGUUAUUUCAGGGAGAUAAGAAAGCUGUCCACUGCACCUCUCAACUUUGUGGCAAUAGCUAAGGAAGAUACUAUUUCAUUUUCAUCUAUUUGUGGGUCAGAACCGGAAUCUCCUCCUUUGGGUUCAAGCUGAACUUGACAUAUACGGUGACACAAAAGGGUGAAUCUUCUGCAGAAAUAGAAGGUUUUUCUAGAGAUUCCAGUGACAGAAACUGUACAAUUUGAUUGGGAGUGGGGAAACAUACAUUGUGAAUAUGAAGUGGCAUAAUUGUAAUAUUUCUAGUAGAAGUUUGAAAACCUAACAUUUGAUGGUGAUGUGAAACAGAAAAUAAACUGAGGCUGGAGUUCCUUAACAAUCAAUCAAUCUGCAGGGGAUGAUGACUUAUGUUUAGGAAGGAUUGACUUUGUUGAGUGUUAUAAUAUUUAGCUAGUGGCAUCAAUUAUAGGGAUGAUGUUGAUGAUGAUGAUGAUGAUUGUACUGAAUGUGUAUUUGUUGUUAAUCUCUUUGUUUUCUUA